AUGAGGGAGAACAGAAAUGAGAAUGAAAUAUCAGUGAAGAGCAAAGGGUCUCAAAACUAUAAUGCUGCUAACGAUCCUGAUCUCUUAUCUGCUUUUUGGAUUUUUAAUGGCCCUGGUGGUAGAUAUGCAGCUUUUAUUAUAAGGGAGCACAUUUUUAACUUCAUAGCUGAGGAUCCAUAUUUCACCUUUACCAUUAAGAAGGCAAGUAGGGAAGCUUUCAAAAAAGGUGGCCAUGCUUUUGCUGAUAUUGGUACUCCUAAUAGUUCCUCCAUCACCAGUGCACUUUCUGUCCUCGUCUUGGGAAGGAAGAUGCUAAUUGCGAAUGUUGGGGAUUGUCUAGUUGUGAUGGGAAGAAGAGAUAAGGAAGUUGUGCUGAUUUCCGAAGACCUAGAAAGCUCCAAAGGUUCCUCAUGUCCUUUGCCUGCACCGCCAAAAGUUCAGGAGAUAUUUCUGAGCAAGGAAGAUGAGUUCUUGAUCCUAACCUGGAAUGACUAUAAUAUUUGCCGCCCGCAUUUAUUUACACAUGCAAGGAAAGAAUUAAUGGAUAACAAUGAUCCAGGGAGAUGCGCAAGAGAGAUUGUUAGGAAGGCACUCUAUUGGGAGUGGGGUACCAACAUGAAGGAUGGGGUGGUAUGCUUCUCGCCCAACCCACCGCCGCCUUUGUCACCUUUGUUUGAGGUUUUGAACUCAGAAUCUCAAAACACAAAAUCUCAAAACCAUGUAAGUUCCGAAAUUUGUUUUAGUUAG